GAACCCAGACAGUCACAGCUUUUUCAGCUGAGCUAUUUCAGCAAUAAGGAGAUUCAGCAGCAACUGUGAAACAGCACAGACAUCAUCAUGAGGAGUGUGUUUGUUUUCUUGCUUUUGAUAACUGUGGCCAGUGCUAAAGUCUUUGAGCGCUGUGACUGGGCCCGUAAGCUGAAGGCAAACGGGAUGGAUGGCUAUGGUGGUGUCAGCCUGGCUAACUGGGUUUGCCUGACCAAACAUGAGUCAAACUAUAACACAAAGGCAACAAAUCGUAACACUGAUGGAUCCACUGACUUCGGCAUCUUUCAGAUAAAUAGCCGCUGGUGGUGCAAUGACCGCCGCAUUCACUCAGCAAAUGGAUGCAACAUUGACUGCAACGUGCUUUUGACAGAUGAUGUCACCUCUGCGAUCAAUUGUGCCAAACGUAUCGUUAGGGAACAAGGCAUCACAGCCUGGGUUGCCUGGCGCACUCGCUGUCAGGGCCAGGAUCUCAGGCCCUAUUUGUCCGGAUGUCGUCUUUAAUCAACACAUAAACAGAAGGGUGUCAUCGACAUAGUAAAUUGUCUCCAUCCUCCUCUGUUUCUACUUUGAAAGGAAAACAUAUUGGGUGACCCAAAUGAUUAAAAUCAGUUAAAAUCUC